AGCCAACACCUACAGCCCAAAGCCCCUCCCUCUCUCUCGCUCUCUCUCUCUCUCUCUUAUCAGAACUCUUUAUAAUUUGGCCGGUAUUGCCUGCCUUCUUUCUCUUUCUGCGUACAUGUAAAAUCUGCAUAUCCUCAGAGGCGCUUGCAGAAAGUCCCUCGUCUCAGAUCCCAAUACCAAAAUUAUUCAUUUCCCACCCUCCUCCCCUCUCCUCCUUCAGCACAAAUCACAUAUAUACACAUACAAAGAAGAAAUGCAAGAAGGUGGGGGGUUGGGUUUGAUGGCGGGGGGUGGUGGUGCACUCGGCGGUUUGGGAGGGGGAGAGCUGUCGGUGUCGGUGGCUGCAGGCGGCGAGGAGCAGCAGCAGCGGCAGCUGAAGGCGGAGAUCGCCACCCACCCUUUGUAUGAGCAGCUGUUUGCAGCCCACGUUGCGUGCUUGCGCGUGGCCACGCCCAUCGACCAGCUACCGCUCAUCGACGCUCAGCUCUCCCACUCGCACCAUCUUCUUCGCUCCUACGCCUCCCACCACCACCAUCACACCUCCCUCUCUCCCCAUGACAGGCAAGACCUUGACAACUUCAUGUCACAAUAUCUAUUAGUCUUGUGCUCUUUCAAAGAACAACUUCAACAGCACGUCCGACUCCAUGCCGUAGAAGCCGUCAUGGCCUGCCGUGAGAUCGAGCAGACCUUACAGGCUAUCACUGGAGUAACUCUGGGUGAAGGAACGGGUGCAACAAUGUCAGAUGAUGAGGAUGACCUGCAGAUGGAUUUCUCUUUAGAUCAAUCAGGUGCUGAGGGGCACGACAUGAUGGGGUUCGGUCCUCUGCUUCCAACAGAAUCUGAGAGGUCUCUGAUGGAGAGAGUUAGGCAGGAACUGAAGAUCGAGCUGAAGCAGGGUUUUAAGUCCAGAAUUGAAGAUGUUAGGGAGGAAAUAUUACGAAAAAGAAGGGCUGGAAAAUUACCAGGUGACACAACUUCUGUGUUGAAGAAUUGGUGGCAGCAGCACUCAAAGUGGCCAUACCCAACAGAAGAUGACAAGGCAAAACUUGUCGAGGAGACGGGCUUGCAGCUGAAGCAAAUCAACAAUUGGUUCAUCAACCAAAGGAAGCGCAACUGGCAUAGCAACUCCCAAUCCGUGACUUCCCUUAAGUCCAAGCGCAAAAGGUAGACAAACCAUCAUAGUCGUUCCAACCAGAGAACAGGAAAUGAGGAGCAUACUCUAUGUCAAUAUAUAGCUGCAAUGUAACAUCCAGAGCAAAGAGGUCUAACCAUAUAUUUGUUGAAGCAUUCAUGAAAGAAUCAACACCCCACCCCCAAGUCCCAGUCAAGGUACAGAGUGUAGAGUUGAAAUGGUAUAAAUAUGUAGAUUAUCAGUCUUUAACAGAGUGAUAUACUUUCCUACAGGUACCUUUUACCUUUGAGUUGCCUCUGUUUGCAAAUACUUGAAAAAGCACACUGCACAUGGGUAUAUUUCUGAACAAGUUCUGUUUCAAUUCUACCGGUGUAGAGAAGUGUUGCAUCAAUUGGUGCAUUUAGAAAUUUAAGAUAUGAGAAUUUUAUUUUAUUC